CUUCUCUCCCCUACCCGGCCCCCGCUCCCGCUCCCGCUCCCGCUCCGCGCCACCGGGCCGAGCCGGGGCCGCCGGGCCGGGGCCGCCAUGGAGGUGGAGGAGGCGUUUCAGGCGGUGGGGGAGAUGGGCAUCUACCAGAUGUACUUGUGCUUCCUGCUGGCCGUGCUGCUGCAGCUCUACGUGGCCACGGAGGCCAUCCUCAUCGCACUGGUGGGGGCCACGCCGUCCUACCACUGGGACCUGGCAGAGCUCCUGCCCAACCAGAGCCACGGCAACCGGUCGGCGGGUGACGACCACGCCUUGGGGGACUGGCUGCUGACUGCCAAUGGCAGCGAGGUCCGGAAGCACGUGCACUUCAGCAGCACUUUCACCUCCAUCGCCUCGGAGUGGUUUUUAAUUGCCAACAGAUCCUACAAAGUCAGCGCAGCAAGCUCUUUCUUCUUCAGUGGUGUGUUCGUGGGAGUUAUCUCUUUUGGUCAGCUUUCAGAUCGCUUCGGGAGGAAAAAAGUCUAUCUCACAGGUUUUGCUCUUGACAUCUUAUUUGCCAUUGCAAAUGGGUUCCCCUCCUAUGAGUUCUUUGCAAUAACUCGCUUCCUGGUGGGUGUGAUGAAUGGAGGAAUGUCCCUGGUGGCCUUUGUCCUGCUGAACGAAUGUGUGGGCACCGCCUACUGGGCGCUCGCAGGAUCCAUCGGUGGCCUCUUCUUCGCGGUUGGCAUCGCCCAGUAUGCCCUGUUGGGAUACUUCAUCCGCUCCUGGAGGACCCUCGCCGUUCUGGUUAACCUGCAGGGAACAGUGGUCUUCCUCCUAUCUUUAUUCAUUCCUGAAUCACCUCGUUGGUUAUACUCCCAGGGUCGGCUGAGUGAGGCUGAAGCGGCUCUGUACCUCAUUGCCAAGAGGAACCACAAGCUCAAGUGUACGUUCUCACUAACACAUCCGGCCAGCAGGAGCUACAGGGAGACCGGAAGUUUCCUGGAUCUCUUCCGUUACCGGAUCCUCUUGGGGCACACGCUGACCCUGAUGUUCAUCUGGUUUGUGUGCAGCUUGGUGUAUUAUGGCCUCACUCUGAGUGCAGGUGAUCUCGGCGGAAAUAUUUAUGCCAACCUGGCCCUGUCUGGCCUCAUAGAGAUUCCUUCUUACCCUAUCUGCAUCUACUUGAUUAACCAAAAAUGGUGUGGCCGGAAGCGGACCUUAGCAGCAUUUCUGUGCCUAGGAGGACUGGCUUGUCUUAUUGUGAUGUUCCUUCCAGAAAAGAAAGACACGGGUGUGUUUGCAGUGGUGAACAGCCAUUCCUUGUCCCUGCUCGGGAAGCUGACGAUCAGUGCUGCCUUUAACGUGGUCUACAUCUACACGUCUGAGCUGUACCCCACAGUCAUCAGGAACGUUGGGCUUGGAACUUGUUCUAUGUUCUCCCGAGUUGGUGGGAUUAUCGCUCCCUUCGUCCCCUCACUGAAAUAUGUGCAGUGGUCCUUACCCUUCAUUGUCUUCGGAGCCACCGGCCUGACUUCGGGCCUCCUGAGUUUAUUAUUGCCAGAAACCCUUAACAGCCCAUUGCUAGAGACAUUUUCUGACCUUCAGGUGUAUUCAUAUCGGAGGCUAGGGGAGGAGGCGUUAUCUUUACAGACCUUGGAUCCCCCACAGUCUUCAGACAAGGAGAACACUUUAGGGAGUGAGAGUGAGGAAGAGGAGGAGUUUUUUGAUGCGGAUGAAGAAACACAGAUGAUUAAGUGAAGAGCCCCCGAGCCUCCGUCACGAGCAGAUGAUCUCCUUGCUUCUGGUCAAGGCAGGCUUUUCUGGGAAACUUCAGAGAGUUGUCGAAAUACAGGCUUGAACAUACAUGGAAGGUACUUCUUAUGGGCUCAUUGUUUUCAGGCACCAGGGAAGAUGGAGAAGACAGUGCAUGAGAGAAACAUCACCAUAUCAGGGGAACAGUCGUCCAGAAUUCACGUUCAGUUCAGAACCUUGACAUCUGGCCAGGUAGCUCAAAUCCACAUGCCGGAGGGGAAAGCUAAUUUGUUUCUGGAAGUCUGAUCGUGUUGCUUAUCUUUCCUCCUGACCUAAAGGCAGACAUGUAAAAUUUCUUCUCACCACACUAGUGGGAUAAGAGAAACCACCCUUCCCAUCUCAUCUUAAUACCAUAUCUGACGCCUCCCCCUUACCAUUUGUGCCUCACUCACCAGGAAUCUCUUGAGGCAGAUUGGCAUUAGCAUUUCACUUUGGUGCGAGAGGAAAAGCACUGAGAGGUGACUGUGUGUGGCCUGAGGCCUCCAGCUUUACCCUAACUGAUGAGACCUGGGUCCUCAGCUUGGUUCCCAGGCUAAUGGUUGGCUUGAACUCCUCGUGCCGUUGGUCCCACAGACAAUCCACUCGGAAAAGCCAACUGUAUUGAAGGGAUUCUCUCAGAGCCAAAGGCGUGGCUGCAGCUGCUUGUUCACUCCCUUUGACACUCAACUUGGGUCAUUUCUUCAGUUACGACUUGUGUGCACCUCCAGGAAAAUUUCCAUCUCAGAUUCUAGUACCAGCAAUAACUUCAGAACUGUGUCAGUAAGUGAGGAAGCUUUU